CGCUGACUCUGAGUGAAGAUGCUCUCGUUCACUGGGAGAGGCUUCAUGAUCAUCACUGCAGGAGCAGAGCGCACAGUCUGCUCAUAGAUUGAUGCCCAGAGACUAAACUUGCUGAAACAACAACAUAUCUGGAUUAAAGCAGACCCUUUUGACCAACACUUGGAUUAAAAUAUACUUUCUUUCUUUUUUUUUUUUAACCGAUGGAUUUCUAUAACGACACUCAUGUUUCUCUCGGACACAAUAAUUCAUCAGCACGAGCUGCUGAUGGGGCGCCUCACUCCAGUGCUAUCCUCCCUGUAAUCUUUGGCAUCAUCUGCUUUCUGGGUAUCAUCGGCAACUCGAUUGUCCUGUACACCAUCAUGAAGAAAACAAAGUGCCACGCCAAGCAAACUGUUCCGGACAUUUUUAUCUUAAACCUUUCGAUUGUAGAUCUCCUGUUUCUCCUUGGGAUGCCAUUCCUCAUCCACCAGUUGCUGGGUAAUGGUAGUUGGCACUUUGGAGCCGCGAUGUGUACGGUCAUCACUGCACUCGACUCCAACAGCCAGAUUGUCAGCACUUACAUCCUGACUGCAAUGACCCUCGACCGUUACUUGGCUACAGUCCAUCCCAUUCGCUUCAACUACGUCCGCACGCCCUGCGUGGCAGCGGUGGUCAUCGUCAUGGUGUGGGGUCUGUCCUUCCUUACCAUCAUCCCAGUGUGGAUGUACGCAGGCCUGAUGCCUCUUCCAGGCGGCCUGGUGGCCUGUGCGCUCCUCCUGCCUGACCCGGUCAACAACACGUACUGGUUUACUCUUUACCAGUUCUUUUUGGCCUUUGCGAUGCCCUUUGUGAUAAUCUGCCUGGCGUUCUUCAAGAUCCUCCAAAACAUGUCCACCAGCGUGGCGCCGCUGCCCCCGCGGAGUAUGAGGGUUCGAACGAGGAAGGUGACGCGGAUGGCGGUGGUCAUCUGCUUGGCUUUCUUCAUUUGCUGGGCUCCUUACUACAUCCUCCAGCUGAUCCACCUCGGCGUGCAGAAGCCAAGCCUCGCCUUCUCCUACGCAUACAACAUAGCCAUAAGCAUGGGCUACGCUAACAGUUGCAUCAACCCAUUUAUCUAUAUCAUCCUCAGUGACACCUUCAAGAGGCAGUUCCUCCGAGCUGUACAUCAAAUCAACAGGAAGAUUCACGUCAACACGAGCACCACCGAUGGCGGCAGUGUGAGCAUGCGAAUGGUACCUGACGGGGGUCAGCAGGGGCCAGCGCCGCGGGACAUGAUACCGUCGAAUGUGGCCCCACAGUAAAUCAAAAAUAUGCGGCAAAAAUGUCUUCUGCUUUCCAUUACUCA